UCGCCAUUUUGUAUGGCCGCCGGGCGGGCAUACGGCUGUUUCCGGAUUGGAGGCUCCGGAGCCAAGAAGGGGGGGGGCGCCGUGGGUUUAUGAGUGAUCAAAAGUUCUUUUUACACUAAGCCAGGAGGGAGUGGGGCAAAGAUGCCAAUACCACCACCCCCUCCACCUGGACCUCCUCCACCUCCAACUUUCAGUCAGGCAAACACAGAGCCUCCAAAAUUGAACAGAGAUGAGCAGCGAGGGAGGGGCGCUCUGCUACAAGACAUCUGUAAAGGGACCAAAUUGAAAAAAGUGGCUCAAGUUAAUGACCGCAGUGCACCUAUCCUUGAAAAAUCCAAGGGUGGCAGCAGCUAUAAUUCUAGUGCAUCUCCCCUUCCACCAAAGGUGGGCCUUUUCCAAGGUGGUAUCCCCAAGCUACGACCCAUGGGUGUAAAAGAAAGUUCAGACAGCUCCUCUGGGAAGCUGCUACAUCAGGGCCCCGGGUGUAGAUCAGCUGCACCACGGCCUCCUGUGUGUGCUACCAGCAUCCGGCCCCAAGAUGACACCGAAAACAGUCGAGCUUCUCCUCCAGAGCUUCCACGCAUACAGAGACCUUCAUUGCCAGAUCUUUCACGGCCAAACAGUGCCAGUGGCACUGGUAUGAAACACAGCUCUUCAGCCCCGCCACCACCUCCUCCUGGACGGCGAGCUAAUGCACCUCUUGCUCCACAUUCUAUGCAUAAUAGCAAAGCACCUUCAUACAACCGUGAGAAGCCAUUGCCACCAACUCCAGGACAAAGGCUUCCAGGAAAUCGUGAUGGACCACCAGCUCCUCCGCCCAUCAAGCCACCCCCAUCCCCAGUAAAUAUCCGGUCAGGACCAAGCAGUCAGAGCCAAUCCUUGGCACCCCCUCCCCCACCUUACCGGCAGCCUCCCAGUGUCCCUAAUGGCCCUGCCAGCCCUAUCAAUGAAUCUGCUCCUGAGCUUCCACAGAGACACAAUUCCUUACAUAGAAAGACACCAGGACCUGGGAGGGGUAUGGCACCUCCCCCUCCCCCUUCAGCAUCUCCUUCCUUACAGAGCAGUCGGCCCCCGCCUCCUGCCCGUGACCCUCCAAGCCGAGGUGCAGCUCCCCCACCGCCACCUCCACCCAUGAUCCGAAAUGGUGGAAGAGAUGCACCUCCACCACCUCCACCCUACAGAAUACAUGGGUCUUCAGAUCCCAUGAACCGUGGGAAACCACCCCCUCCACCUACCAGAACCCCCGUUGGACCACCCCCUCCUCCCCCACCAAUGAGAAAUGGACAUCGGGACUCCAUCUCUACUGUUAGAUCUUUCUUGGAUGACUUUGAAUCCAAAUACUCUUUUCAUCCAGUUGAAGAUUUUCCAGCUCCAGAAGAAUUCAAGUACUUCCAGAGAAUUUAUCCCAGCAAAACUAACAGAGCUACUCGUGGGGCCCCUCCUCUGCCUCCCAUCCCUAGGUGAAAAACAGCAAUUGAGCAUUUUUGCUUAGUACCAAAACAAAUGGACUUGUUCUCAAAUUCUCUCCCUAUCCCCAAAAAACAUUCCUCAGAAAUCUGCAUGAAAAAUACAUUCCUGCUGGGUUGUUGUUUUUUUUCCCCUAUUGCAAGAACCUGGAUGAAUCUACCAUUACUCAACUCCAUCUAUGCAUUUCACUCCCUGACUUAAAAAGGCAUCUGUUUGGCACAGCCGGGUGAGAACUCUCCUGCAGACCAAUGCUAAUUUCCUACCUUUCCUCCUAUCUUUGCCAUGGAGAGGGGGAACCCUCAGUGCAUAACUGCUACAGUUCAAGAACAAGGGAAGAGUGAAUAUUUCCCAGAAAAGAAAACCAAACAGAACAAUUUUGGAACUGUGGGCCAGAUUAAAGCAAUUGUUUAUAGAUGCUUGCUUAUCGUAAGGAAGGAAAUGGCCACAAAUUGUGUGGAAUAGGGAACGCACAUUCUUUUUUAAAGGGGAGUGUCAUUAAAAGAAUUGAAAUUGCUGUUUCACUUUUGAAUGCAGGCACUACAUAUUCGUUUGUUAAACUGUAACUUAAAGUGGGAAGGGACAGAUGAACUAAAUGGCAUGUCUUAAAGUCAGUUUUAAAAAUGGGGAAAGCUGCAUAAAUAUAGCAGUAUCUGUAGAGGCACACACAUACAAAAAAAGUGAGUACAGCAGUUACUGUGCUAUGUUUUGGCAGUGUUCUUGGUCCUGCAGAUCUGGAACUGUAAUCUCUCUGAAUGCCGGUGGCUCCAAAAGAUAGCUGGCAUCCUAAAUGAAGCUGAUCCAAGUGGGAUUGUGUUUCUACAGAGUAAAAGAUAACAUUGUAGAUAUGAACAGACUAUGAAAUCUAGCAGCCAUCACUAAUACUUGUGUUGUGUUAAAAAAAAGGCAUGGCUGGUAUUGAGGCAGUAGCAGCCACUGAAAGUAAAAAGAGGAGUGAUGUGCUGGCAAACACUCGGGGUAAAGAACUAAUUUAGCAAGCUAGUGGAUAAACGUAGCAAUACAACGCUGGCCAUAAAUAAUAUACUGAGGAUACUGCAUCAGUGUAGGACAAAAUAUACAUUAUGUUCCAACUUGUUAGAAGAAUUCCUGAUGCUGAAUGUCCUGUCUUCAGAAGAUCCAUCUUACUGCUCUCAUUAACAGAAAUGCACAGCUUCAUCUUCUUAUCCUAUGAAUAUCUUUCAGACAUAACCUGUCGUGAGAAUUUAGCCAUCUAAUGCUGAGGGAUGACUAAAGAAUGAAAAGUAUUCUAUUUGUUUGCUGAGAGGUGGGUGGGCCCUGACUACUGCCUACCCCAAGAAGAGUAUGAGUGACUGGCAGGAGAACAUUGGCACACGUUCUGGUCUAGUAACGGGGAAUGCGCCAUUGAUGGCAGACUCCCAGUUAAGAGUUUUUAAAUGAUACAUCAUUGUGUUCUAGCUCAAAGCUGACCUUUAGUGGUUAGUAACCCCCUCCAACAAAGUAACUUUGAAAGUGAGAGAAACUGGUGAAAUUCCCUCAUGUUUUAUUUCUGCUGGUUGUACACAACUGACAAUGUUUUCUGUAGUUCUUGCACAGACAUUUUUAUGAGGGGGAGGGAUGUCAGUUUUGUUUGUGAUUGUUGGGAUGCUUGUUAGGUCCUUUGCAAUAGUGCCACUAAUCCCAUCUGGGUCUCUUGGUGGUGUCGUGGGAAAUUUGAUAGUGCAGGCUUUGUCUUUGAGAUCAAAGGAGGCAUUUACAUUUGGUGUUUUCCCAGGACCAAAAAAAGGCCAGAUAUGGAUUGCACAUAUGCUUCUCAACGCAGUAGUUUACACUGCUGAAAAGAGUCCCCUAUGGGGAUGCAUGUCUCUCUCUCUCUCUCUCUCUCUCUCUCUCUCUCUCU